AUGUUGUGCUUCCACAAUGCUCAGGUUUUAUCCCACUGGGUUUUCUUGAAGAAACAAUGUUAUGAUUUAACGAUGAUCAGCUCAGGUCAAAAACAACGCCGCCGCCGCCCUGAAAUUCUCGUGCUCCCCGACGAUUUCCCCGACGAUCCAAAAUAUGCAUAUCUGUUAAAAACUUUUUUCUUUCUCCCCAACAGAGAUUGGAAGGGAAGACUUAUUGCGUUGUGCGGAGUGAAGAAAAUGGAUGCUGACUCGAACAUUGUUAGUUUCCCCACACGGGAAGAUACGUAUAGGAGUGACAAAAAGGAUGUGAAUAGUAAUGACAUUAACAAGAUUGUUCUAUCAUAUCUUGUGCACAAUUGCUACAAAGACACGCUUGAGUCUUUCAUUGCUUGUACUGGGGAGGAGCAUACCGUUAGUCAUGUGGAGGACUUGGAGAAAAGAAAACAAAUAUACCAAUUUGCAUUGAAUGGGAAUGCAUUAGAGGCUAUCAAGCUGACAGAAGAACAUACCCCUGGCUUGUUGGAUGCGAAUGAGGAUUUGCAUAUUGAUCUAUUAUCACUUCAUUUUGUUGGGCUUAUUCGCUCGAGGAAAACUGAAGAGGCUCUUGAAUUUGCAAAUUCCAAGAUGGCUCCCUUUGGAAAAGAGCAGAGACUUGUUCAAAAGCUUGAAGACUGUGCUGGUCUUCUUGCAUAUCAAGAACCCGAGAAAUCUCCAUUGUUCCAUCUUUUAAGCCCGGAACAUCGACAGCACGUAGCCGACAGUUUAAACAGAGCAAUUCUUGCACAUACUAAGCAACCCAGCUACUCAACAAUGGAAAGGAUAAUACAGCAGACAACUGUGGUCAGACAGUACUUAAAUCAAGAAUUCAACAAGGUGCGAAGAUGGGCAUCAUCAACCUUUCUCUUUGGAGGAUUUUCUCAAGAGCUAAGCCUUCUUCUGGAUUUUCUUGAAGCAACCAUUGAGAUAUGCGUUGUAUUGGUGGCUUGAAGGGGACUGCAUUUCGUCAUUUAGACACGAGCCUAAUCUUAAUUUCUCGUCGUAAGGUGUAAACUACUCGAGUUUUAUCCUUGUGAAGAGGAUCUCCUUGCCUUUUUUUCUUUCCUGUUCUUUUUCAGAUUUAUGUAAAUGUUUUAGGAUGAACUACUAAGGGGGACUUCUUUCUUUUCUUUGUUUUUCAAGAGAGAAUUUUAUGAUUGCACAGUUUAAC